CUUCUGUAGGUUUACUGAUAGUUUCUAUUUCCAAAAUAUCAAAGUGCACAGAGUCUAUGCUGAAACAUCUUCUAGUGGAUUACCUUUCUGAAAAAUAAUGCUAAAUUAAGUAACAGACACCGUAGAUGGAGGGUACAAGCUCACAAAAGAGAGGAUGCUACCUAAGGAAGGCUCCCUUGGAUUUGUGUUGCCUUAAGUGGCCAUGACCCAGGCCAGGAUGGUCCAACUUGUGGCUUGUGAGAUGAUUCCAUCAACCAUUAUGUUUGCUUGGGAAGAGGUACCACUGAAUUCGUGUGGAAGAAGGGCUGUGGCUGAAGACACGCCUGCUUCUGCAUGUGGGCCUGUUGUUAAAUCUGUGAAUUGCUGUCUUUCUUUUUAUUUGGCCUGCAAAAAGGAACCCAAAACCUAUGUCUGGGACUUCUAUUUCUGAAAAAUGUUAGACUUAUAUGAGGCUUUUUCUUUUUUCUUUUUUUUCCCCCCUCAAGUUCAGUAUCUCUUCUUGCAAAGGACAGAAUAAAUGUAUAGACAAUCAAGGCAAGGCCUAUUUAAAAAUGCAGCAUAUAAAGGAAGUAUGAAACCUGAUUCCUGGAGGAACCAGUCUACCUUCUACUCUUUCAAAGAUAUGCAGGCAAGUUUUAAAGCUAUUUUCUAACUGGGCCAACAAGCCUUUUCUGUAGUCAGAAGGUGCAGAAACUUGUUGCUUUGGGUCAUUAUUAUCAUUUGUCAUAAAAGAUCAGUAAGUUCUGAGUGCAGAACUUUGACAGUUCCUUUGACAACUCCUAUUGAAAAUUCUCAGAGAACGAUCACAGAUGUCCAGUGGCGGUGAACAACCGUCCCUCAGGAGCAAAGUCUUCACUGUGAUUAGCCUCUCAUUGUCCCUGAGAAGUUAAGGAGUUAGUGGCUUAUUUGCAGCAAAUCUGCGACGGAGCUGACCCUGACCACAGAAACAGUCCACAUUGUCUGCUGAGCUCCUCAAAGAGGAGGCUGAAUUGUGUGCCUGGCGAGGUAUCAGGCACAUUGUCACAAGUAUAGUACUGCACGUAUGUAUGUGCUGGAGCCUUCAAGUCAUUCUCUCCUUUUUAAGGCAUAUGUUGUUCCCAAAGUUACUAUCUUAGCUGGGGCUGCUCUGUCCCAGGCUAGCCCACCACCACCACUUGUUAAAGAGGGAUGAUUAGUGAGAAAGAGGAAAAAGAGAUAACUGAGACAUCCCUGUGACUGCAGCUGAUUGUCUCUCCCUGGAGUAUUUAUAAGCUGUGUAGUGGCGGGCCAGGGCAGGCAGUUGGCUCGCCGUGACCUUGGGAGUUGGGAAGCCUGACCAGCAUUCCUGGGAGCCACGUGAGUCAGACUGGCGGGCGCAGCUGUAGCCAAUGCGGGGGAGCCCAGCAGUGGCUGCACAGAUUGAGUUUCACUCCAAUCACUGGUGAUUUUUCCCUUUCUCUCCUGUUGUGCUUUUCCUCUUUGUUUAUGGGAUCGGCAAGGCAAAUGUGCUGAUGGAGUCUUAGCGAGCAAGACAUUUGCCUAGUGGAUUUGGGAUUCUGUCUUCUGUGCUGAGCAAGCCCUUCUUGCCAUUGCCUGCCACAGCUCCAGCACCCUGACAUGGCUGGGAUUUUAUUGCUCCAAGCCUUCUGAGCACACAACCUGCCCUACUCUAUUAGGGCAUUUUAUAUUGUGUUCUCUCUCAGGCACUUCUUUUGUGCUGUCCUUAAAGGUUAGUGUAUGAGGCUUUUUAAUGCAGAGGAGAUGGGUCAGGACCAGACAAAGCAGCAGAUAGAGAAAGGACUCCAUCUCUACCAGUCUAAUCAUACCGAAAAGGCCCUGCAAGUCUGGAUGAGGGUUUUGGAGAAGUCUGCGGAUCCUGCUGGCAGGUUUCGGGUUUUGGGUUGUCUCAUCACUGCUCAUGCAGAGAUGGGCAGAUACAAAGAUAUGCUGAAGUUUGCAGUGGUACAGAUUGACACAGCACGGGAGCUGGAAGACCCGGAUUACCUUACAGAGAGCUACCUAAACCUGGCUCGCAGCAAUGAGAAGCUUUGUGAAUUCCAGAAAACAAUCUCGUACUGUAAGACAUGCCUGAAUAUGCAGGGCACCACUGUGAGCCUGCAGCUGAACGGCCAGGUGAGCCUCAGCAUGGGCAAUGCCUUCUUGGGCCUCAGCAUUUUCCAGAAGGCUUUGGAGUGCUUUGAGAAAGCUUUGCGCUAUGCACACAACAACGAUGACAAGAUGCUGGAGUGUCGCGUCUGCUGCAGCCUGGGGAACUUCUACGCCCAGCUAAAGGACUACGAGAAAGCCUUGUUCUUCCCAUGUAAAGCAGCUGAGCUGGUGAAUGAUUAUGGAAAGGGCUGGAGCUUGAAGUACCGUGCAAUGAGCCAAUACCAUAUGGCCGUGGCCUAUCGGAAGCUGGGGCGCUUGGCAGAUGCUAUGGACUGCUGUGAGGAGUCCAUGAAGAUUGCCCUGCAGCAUGGUGACCGGCCUCUGCAGGCGCUGUGUCUGCUCUGCUUUGCUGAUAUCCAUCGCAGUCGCAAAGACGUGCAGACAGCCUUUCCUCGGUAUGAUUCCUCCAUGAGCAUCAUGACAGAGAUUGGAAACCGCCUGGGACAGAUCCAGGUGCUGCUAGGAGUCGCUAAAUGCUGGAUGAUCCGGAAGGAGCUGGACAAGGCUCUGGAAAGCAUUGAAAAGGCACAGGAGCUGGCAGAGGGACUAGGAAACAAGCUUGGCCUGCUGAAGCUCCACUGCCUGUGUGAAAGGAUCUAUCGCACAAAGGGGCAGCAGCGAGAGUUGCGCGACCAUGUAGUGAAGUUCCACGAAUGCGUGGAGGAGAUGGAGCUGUACUGCGGAAUGUGUGGAGAGUCCAUCGGGGAGAAGAACAACCAGCUCCAGGCGCUGCCUUGCUCCCAUUUCUUCCAUUUAAAGUGCCUCCAGACCAACGGGACCCGGGGCUGCCCCAACUGCCGCCGCUCGUCGCUGAAGCCGGGCUACGUGUGACCCGCCGGAGGGGCGCGCCCACUGCCCUCCCGGGCUGGGCCCGGCGCCUGCCGGCGGCCCUGCCCGGGCUCGGCUCCCGCGGGCCGCCCGGCGGCGGGCCGCUCCCUCGGGCUCCGCCGCUGCGUGGCCGGCGCGGCCCUCCCCCCGCGCUGCUCUGUAUGGGGAGUGACUGCAAUAAACGGUCGCGCCGCGA